AUGUUUGCCCGGUUUUCAUUUUUGGUUCUACUUCUUCCUCUGCAAAUCGGUUUGGCAAAGAAUAAUUAUGAUAUUAUUAUCAAGUCCAUGAGCUGCAAAGUGGUGACUUGGAAAUAUGUCAAUGAUGUGGAUUGUAAGCUUUGGCGAAAGCGGAAUGCUGUGGUGUCGGCCAAAUUUAGUUUGAAUCAAACCAUAGAAAACUUCAAUAUGCAUGUUUCCUUCGAUUUGCUAAAGAAAGACAAUACGCGGAUGAACAUAGCGGAUCUGAAGAUGGAUGGAUGCAAGUACUUGUCCAUGGACUCCCUGUAUCAAAACAACAUCGUUGGCAAGAUGUUCAAAAGACUCAAGUCUGUCAGCAAUUUGCCCUCCAGUUGUCCUAUUUUAAAGGGAAAACAGUACGAGAUCCGCAACUAUACAUUCAAUGCGGACGAAUUCCCGCCAGGAGCCCCGCAGUCCAAGUGGCAAAUGCGAGCGAAACUGCUGAAGCGCUCCGAGCUGGUGGCGGACAUAUCAUUCGAGGGCGCUGUGGUCUAUAAUACGUGA